AUAUGCUAAAGUCAAAUUCUAUGUUACUUUUAAACAACCCUUGUGCAUAGAGUUUUUCUUUUAAAUUUCAACGAUAAUGUCUCUUAUGGCAUAAGCAGUUGUCAAUGUGCAGAUUUUCCUUCAAUUCGAGUACUAAAAUGUUGGACAGUUACACAUUCUGCAAACUAUCAGUACUGUUAUUCUUGUGUGUCGUUUACAAACCCGUAAGCUGUACCAUACAAACAGCGCAGUUCUAUGGAGAACCUAGUUUGAACAAUAAAAUAUGUAUAGAAUCAGACAGAAUCCAUCAAGCUUCGGCCAGAAGUAAGAUAUAUUGUUCUCAAAUGUGCGAUGUAAGCUCGGAAUGCACGAGUUUAUUUUACAACACUGCUACCAAGAGUUGCACGAUCUGCAGAGGAUCUACUAAUGUAGAGGAAGAGAGUGGCACCAUCUUUCUCGCCAAGCAGAUUGAACUACCUGUACCAACUGAAGUUAGCUGUGGUACACCACCAUCACCUGUUAAUGUUCAAAUAGACUACUCCGGAAGUGCUGUAUACGGUGAUCAAGCAACUUACACGUGCGACCCAUGUAGCUAUUCACCAGCAGGCGGCAUUGGCGUGAUCACGUGUCAGGCGGAUGGAACAUGGUCCACACCGUCUUGUGCUCCCGCUGCAGAUGUAGGAUUUCUACCAGAUGGACAGCCUAUACCUGAUGGAGCUGAAGGAUGUAUUUCCACACACGGCCAGAGUUGUCUAGGAAUAUGUGAAUGGUGGACUUAGAUCAGAUGGAACUAUUGGUGACUGCUGGUGUGGAAGUCUCUGUUGCAACGAUGGUUAUGGCUGUUGUUUCGAUGUUAACUGCUAAAUGGCAGAUUUACCGUAGAAAUGUUUAAAGUUUAAAGCUGAUUAAGAAACAGACAUGCCUGAAGAUUGCAAUACAACAUCCUACCCGCUUAUUUCCUAUCAAAUAUAUUUACUUUAUAGACUUUCAAUCCUUAGUUCUAUUAUGUAGUUUGGUUUUAUCAUAAAUCUGUUUGAUAAAUAUUUUCUAGUUAUACACAAAGGACUGUAAAAUUCGCCUUAUCUGUAGGUCUCAGUUAUAUCAUUAUUGCAUUUAUUGUAUUGGAUGUUUUAUAUUCACUUAUUGUCAUUCAUUAAAUC